AUGCGUGUCCUCCAAGGCAAUCUCCAUCGUAGUCGAGUAGCUAACGAUCUUCUUUCCCAGCUUAUUCUGGAAAAACAGAUCGAUCUGCUCAUCUUAAGCGAGUACUAUCGUGACCGGGAUGGACCCAACUGGUUUCCGGACUUUCUGGAGACCACUGCCAUCUGGGUCCCGAAUACCAACGUGUUGGUUAAAGGUCACGGUAGGAGUAGAGGAAUUGUAUGGGUGAAUGCCAGCGACACAAUUUUUGUGAGCUGCUAUUUCUCACCUAAUGUUAACAUAGCGGAUUUUCAGAAUCAGCUGGAUAACCUAGAGGAUAUUAUCUUGACCCUAGGUUACAGUAGGAUAAUCUUAGCUGGAGACUUCCACGCCAAGUCUGUAGAGUGGGGCAUGCCUGCGACGGAUGUGAGGGGUUUCCGGAUUUUGGAGAUGGCAGCCCGGACCGGUCUAGUGGUCUCUAAUGUGGUGAGUGCACCCACUUUCAGAAGACCAGGUUACGGACAGACCAUCCCCGAUGUCACUUUUUCGUCGGAGGGACUCGCAGGAAGAAUCACGGACUGGAGGGUGAUCGAGGAUUAUACCGGUUCCGAUCACCAGUACAUCACCUUCAGUCUCAUCGGAAGCAGAAUGAGCCGAAUCGUACCAACUCGGGUUUCAGGCUGGAAUGCUUCUAGGCUCAGUGCUGAAUCCUUGUCCUUGGCGAUUGACGAGGGCAAGGAGACAGUUCUCUCUUUAGCGGGUAGUACCACAGACAUUGUUGACGCCACUAUGAGUCUCAUUGCGCGCGGUUGUGACGCCGCAAUGCCGCGGAAAAGAUCCUUGGGGAGAAACAGACGCUCGGCUUACUGGUGGACGGAGGAUAUCGCCAAUCUACGGAGAGUUUGUUUGAGGCUUAGACGGAAGGUCACCCGGGGAAGAAGGAGGGGGGUCUGGUUCCCGAAGCUCUAA